UGCAGUGUCAGGCUUUAGCUGUUACUUCACCUUGACUUUUAUUAGGAGAUUGAUCAACUACACUAUUGUGUGUGGAUUUCCAUAGACAGUAUAUGAAAUGAAGGUACCUGGAAAGAAGCUUCAAUCAAAAGAAUCUGCCAUCGACGAGAAGUGCUGCAAGCCCUACUAUGAGACGCAGAUUUGAGAGUAAAGCAGGCAUAUUAGAAGGCCUUGCGGCGUGGGUGUUGAACACCUAUGUUGGGGAGUAUGUGGAAAACCUAAACACAGACCAGCUCUCUAUUGCUCUGUUGUCAGGUGCUGUUGAAUUAGAAAACUUGCUUCUCAAAACAAAUGCUCUCAGUAAACUUGGACUUCCACUUCAAGUCAAAUCUGGGUUUAUCGGCAAGAUCAAACUACAGAUUCCUGUUCGACGCAUGCACAGUGAACCGUGGGUGAUUUCCAUAGAACGCCUCUACCUUGUGGCCGGACCACUUAUAGAGUACAAGUAUGAUGAAGAAAAAGAAAAAGCAGCGACUGAUGCAAGGAAAACUCAAAUGUUAAAAGCCUUAGAAGACAAAAUGCAGAUUCAGAAGACCUACACUGGGACGUCUUGGUUUUCAUACGGUACAUCUGUACUGGCAAACAUACUGGAGAACUUGCAGCUCAAUGUUAGUGACGUCCAUCUGCGCUAUGAGGAUGCAAUAACGAAUCCCUCCUGUCCAUUUGCGUGUGGAAUUGUCAUCAAAUCAUUGACGGCACAGAGUACAGAUGACUCAUGGACACCGAAGUUUGUAAGUCGCAGUGUGGUCGAUCUAAUGCAUAAAUUGGUGGAUCUGCGGGACUUCUCCAUCUACGUUGACACAAAUACAACACUGGUGGGAGACCUACCUAGGGAUAAGAUGGCGGAUUCCCUUCAGAGAGAGAUGUACAUUUCUUCCAUAACUAAGCAGUUCAAGGACCAUGAAUAUAUCCUUUCACCGGUAUCAGCCAGUGCCAAGAUCAAACGCCACACAACUGCCCUACCCUUGCGGAACCUUGCCUCACCUCGCAAUGCCAUCGACUUUACACUGGAAAACAUGGCCUUCUCUGUGAGCGAAGACCAGUAUCGAAGCAUUGUGUUGCUUCUACGGGAGUUUGAUAAAUAUGAGCAGAGUAAGCACUACAGGAAAUGGAGACCGCAGUGUCAGCUGCAUAAAAAUGCAAAAGUGUGGUGGAAAUUUGCCAUUGAUGCAAAGUUGUGGGAGAUUCAUGAAUGUAACAAACGGCUAACGAAAUCAUUCCUCUCUCAACGAUGCAAAGAUGUCGUGUUAUAUGUGAAACUCUAUACUGCUUAUAUGAAGAAGGAAUUUUUUGAUGCAACAAUGAAGGCAAAGCAAGAGAGAAUCGAAAAAGAAUUUAGUUUUGAUGAGCUUAAAAUACUGAGGGAGCUUGUUUAUAGGAACUUGAGGAUCAAAGCUUCAAAGUCACCUUCUCCUGAACCAGAAAAACCGAAAGCCAAACCACAAUAUGUUGCCCCAUCUCCACCCCUAGAGGAAAAAAGUAUUCUACAACGGUGGUUUCCUGGGUGGGGUGGCUGGUAUGGAGGCAAGGUUGAGGCUCCAGUGCGAGCGAGCAGUGAUGUUGGAACUUCAAAAGUCUUGGUUCAAGGGUCACAGGAUGAUAACGUUAAGGAACCUCCGCCACCAAAGAUCUCUAAGUCUGAGCUCGAGCAAGAACUGGAAGUUGUCAUUGACGAUGUGUUGAGAGGUGGUGAAGAUGACAGAUCAGUUUUGAAACGUGACGUUGUGUUCGCACAAUUAAACUUUUGUCUAAAUACUGGAUCACUGAGAGUGCUGGGAAAUUCGAAUAAAACUCCAACAGGAGACCGGCUAAGCCACAGCAUUAUGAAGCUGGAAGGUUCGGCCAUUAAGAUGAUGUUUGAAUCGCGACCCCGUAGUUCUGGGCUCACAUUUGGGCUCAGUGUUGGCGGUCUCCAGCUAUUGGACAAGAUGACAGAAGGAACAUUGUUCCCAGUUUUAAUUGGCUGUCAGAAAAAGGAGAGAUUUGGCAACAUAAGAUACGGCGGGUUUCAAAGGGGAGCUGGCUUCACUGAAGUUCAUGAGGAGACAGAUAGGAAACUGUUUGAGUUCAAGUAUGAGAAAAACCCACUGGGAACCAGUGCAAACUAUAGGUUCAGAAUUUAUUCAGAGCCACUGGACAUUGUUUACAACAAGCCAGCCUUCAUGAAAGUGAAAGAUGUCUUUUCCUCCCGAAAUACCUACAAGGCCAAGAAAAGUGCACCCACCCUCUCUGAUGCCCGUCGUCAGUAUGAGACACUUAAAAGGCAAACACAGAAGGACAUCAAGAAUACUUUCAGUGAAAUACUUGAAGGAUCAAAGAAGGUUAAAAGAUGGGAAAUAGAGUUGGACGUAGCGGCUCCAUUGAUCAUUCUACCUGAAAUAUUCACAAAUGACAACACAAACAUGAUAGUUGUGGAUCUGGGGCAUAUGAACUGCUACAAUACUCGGAAAGUCACACCAGAGAGUGAGAGCACUGAUACGACCACACAAUGGGAGACAAGCGCUUUUUCAAAAAAGCAAUCUCAAUUUUAUUCAGGAACUGCUUUUAUGUGUAUCUAUAUUUAAACUGCUUCAAUCUUGAGAGUACAAUCCUAUAUUCACAGUAUCAAAAUAUACACAGUUUUUCUCUCUUCUAAACACGGACAAUCUUGGCAGAUGAGUUUUCGACACCAAUGUCAACCCCACCAAAUGAGUUAGAGGAGGACAAAGCACAGACUGCCACUAAUCUAGACACACUGUCCCAGCUUGAACUGACUGAAGAACAGUUCUACAGCA